AUAGACAUACAGCUUAUUUCGUACACCAGUGAUAUGGUUUUACUUUCAUUUUCAAUUGUGCUGUUUGUUGUGAACUCGUGUUCUCCUGACCGUUGCGACAGGACUGUGGCACUGACUUGCCGGCUGAGUGCACAGGGCGAUCCUGCCACCACCUGCCACCUGCCGCAUUCCCAACGAGAAACGGGGGUGAGUCCCGUCCCAGGUCCCUGCCGCACGACAUGUCACAAUUUUCGUUGUGUCAAAAGGGAAACUCAUUUCGAAAACUGUUUGCCAACAGGCACCACCACACGUUCGAGUCACAGACCAGAAAAUACUACAGAACUCAGCGGAUCCUGCGGGAGGAUUGCGUGGCUAAGAAUAAUGAAGACCCGCCACACUGUGCCAAACAGCUCCGCGUCCGCCAUGACGUCCACAACGGCCUCCUACCGGGCCAAGCGGCGCAGCCGCAGCGAGGAUGACUGCCGGGCGCCCUGCGAGCGCGAAAGGAGACACGAGGCCCACGUCCGCGAGCGCCAGGAGCAGGUGAAACGCAAUAGAGCCGCUUCGGCGGCGGCUUUGAGAUCGCGCCUGCAGCAGCACCAGCAGCAACAGCAGCAGCAGCAGUCGGCGCGUAGCAGCCAACGCUGGCCGGAGGACACCCCCAGGGUCACGGAGAGCGGACGAGCGCCGGUGCCAGAGAAACCAACGAGCAAGAAGAAACCAGCGGCCGUGGCCACAGGGCGGCCGGCCACCAGAGGCAAGCUAAAGGCUAAGGGAAAGCCAGACAUGAAAAGAAAGCCAUCGCCGGCGGCAGUGAAAGGACGAGAAGAGUCCCCUAGAGCGCAGGAGACGGAGAGGGAUCAGCUGUGGAGCGAGGAGCUGUUGCAGGACGAUGGCAGGAUCAGCGAGGCGGAGAUGCGCAGGAUAAUUGAGGAGGAGGAGGAGCCGAUGGCCCCGAACCUCAGCACAUCGCUGGCUCGUCAGCCGCAGCCCCCAGCGGACUCCCAGCUGCUCUGCCCGCUGGCCGUGGCACUGCGCAGACUGGUGGCGGAGUUCCUGCGCGCGGAGAACUAUCAGUUGGCCCACUCUGUGUUCUGCAGCGAGACGCCGCAGCGGAGCCACGAGGCCGAUGCCGACUCGAAGGCGGCGGCGGCGGCGGCGGCGCACAGCGGCUUCCGCUUUAGCCAGGACGAUGUGCAGGACGUGCUCAGCGCUGUGCUCGGCGGAGGGGCAGAUGCCGCGAACACGCUCAAUGCCGCAGUGCAGCGCAGCUACUUCCAGGAGCAGGGACAUCCCAGCGCGGGUCAGAGCCUGCUCGGAGCAUUGCUGCGUGUCCUGACGACGGAUGCCAAGCAGCAGCAACGCAAAGAGAGGACGGCGAAGACGCCUCCAAAGGUGAAGACGCCCCCAAAGGAGGACAAGGAGAACAGCAUUCCAAGGGAGGAGCCCGCGGAGGAGCAUGAUGCCACGAGCCGAGCCGUGUUCGUGGGCCCCCGCCUCUGCGAAACCAUUCACGCCAUGGAGCAGCGGCUGGGCGAGCUGAUGCGGCACCUGAUCACGCUCUCGGCGUCGUGUGCCCCUCCCGUGGAGAUUGUCAGCGAGCAGGAUCUCGAGGACAUACUUCGGGUGGAGCUGGAGGAGCGGGAGCGCCUGCUCAAGGCCGGAGAGAGGCUGGCGCCGGGCGAGACGGCCAUCAUGAUUCCAGAGCCUCGCCAGCAGCCGACGGGCGCCCAGCAGCAGGAGGAGGAGGAGGAGGAGGAGAACUCGGUGGUCGACGCGAAUGUGGGGGAGAUCAAGGUGCCGGUGAUGCGCGUGGAGAUGCCCGAUCUGCCGCAACUCUUUCCGCAGCAAAUCGGAUUCAUGGCCACCAUCCGGCAGAGCCUGGGGCGCCUGCUGCGCAAGGAGAAGCAGCCACAGCCGAGCACCCUGUUUGGAUCGUUCGAGCAGAUGCAGAUGCUGGUGUCGGAGCUGUGCGUCAACGUUAGCCUGCUGGUGAACGUGGUCAACAUGUCCAUGGAGCAGGAGCAUGCGGUGGGCAGGCACGGCGGCUUCAAGGCCGGCUACCAUGAGGGCUUCGGCCAUGGCCACUACAUGGGCGUGCAGGAGGGCGCGCAACUGGCCCUGGAGGAGCAGCCCCAGGCGCAGCCCCCCGCCAGACCAGCCCAGGAUGUGGCUGUCCAGGCGAUGGCAAUACGAAGCAAAAGUGUAGCCAGUCAGACCAAGAAAAAGAAGGUGCAGCUGCAGUUGCCAGCGGAGCACCCAGUGGAGCACCCAGUGGAGGUUCCAAUAGAGCUCCCAGUGGAGCUCCCAGUGGAGCUGGAAACCCACAGGCUGCAGAGCGAGAUGGCAACCCAAACGAUGCUGCUGGACCAAGUGGCUGUGGCCAGCCAAACGACGCAAAGGGAAACCCCAGCCCAAGCGGCUGUGGCAACCCAAACGAUGAAGGAGGGGAGGGAUGAGGAGGAGCAGCAGCAGCCUCUGGCCAAGGAGCAAGUGGCAAAGGGUACCCAGACGCCGAAGGCGCCUACAGGCACAAAGAGCUAUGAGAACUGGAUAGACGAGAUGCUGCACAGUGGCAGUGGAAAGAUCUUCCUGGAGCGCGUCGAGCUGUCGCUGAAGAAGGCCUACGAGCUGCAGAAGCGGCGACUGGAGGAUCUCUACCAGGUGAAGCUGCGCCAUCAGUCCGAGAUAAUGCAGCUCAGCCAUCGACAGAGCUCCUGGCGGACACUCUGCCGCCACGUGCAAAAGGAGUCGCAUUCGUCUGUCGAGGCGCGGGAGCUGGUGCACAAGAUCUUCAAUCUGCUGGAGCACUACGAGGAUCAUCAGCAGAUGCUGUCCGAAAAGAUCCAGGAAACGGAGCUGGCCGCCGAGAAGGCGGUUCGCUUUAUGCCCGUGUUCAAUGGUGGCCAGGAAUCAGAGGCGCCCAUCUGCACCUCGGCCGCGUCCACCUGCAGGACGACGACGGCUUCGAGUCACUCAUCCGCCACAGCAGCGGUGUCUCCGGCCGCUGCCUGCCGAGUGGAGUGCACAUCAAUGGGAGAAUCGCCGCGCUGUGGCUACCACCAGCAGAUGGUGCCAGCACCAGCACCAGCACCGCCGGAAAUUGUGGUGGUGCCACCCUCGCACAGGCCCGCCAUGCACACGGUGGCCACCAAUACGACAGCAUCGCCACAGGCCACGUCCGCAUCUUCGCAUCAAGCCAUUUCCUCGUCUUAUCCAGCUUCGCCCUGUCCAGCAACGUCCUCCUAUCGAACUUCGUGCUAUCGAGCCAGCUCCCAUCGCGCCUCGUCUCAGGCAGCUGCCUCUUACCGAGCGUCGUCUCAGGCGGCACCAGCUACGAGCUUCGAGGAGGCCCUGGCCAGUGCCAAGAACCGCAUGCAGCAGCUGGAGGAGGAGAGCGAGCUGCUCGAGCAGAAUUUCCUCGACUAUCUGGAGCGAGCACGUCAGAGGGUGCCCGAGGAGCAAGAGGAGCAACAGCAGCAGAAGCAGCAGAAGCAGCAGCAGCCCAGUGUAUCCAAUAAGCCAAAGAAAAGGUUCCCGCGAAGGAUGGGCCUCGAGGAUGCGGCGACAGUGUCCGAAAUGGAGGAGCUCAAACAGCAAAGAGUGCGAAAGCUGGCGCAGAGCGAGGAGGAGCCUGAGCCCGAGCCCGAGCCGGAGCCGGAGCCAGAGCCAGACAACUAUCACUUCACCAAUACGUUAGCUGUGGCCCGAAGGAAGCUGCUGGGCGAACACUUCGAGCCGGCGACGUCGGCGACGGGCAGGAGCCCGCUGAGAGUCAGCCGGGAGGUGGCGCAGGUGGAGGAGCAAACGCAGCAAAUUCUCUACCGUGUGCGGUCGGAGUUCUCGCAGACCACCCACCUGCUGCCGGAGAUCACGUCCCCCAUGAACAGCAGCAGCAACGAGGAGCUGAGUGUGCUGAUGCGGCGGGCCAAGCACGCGAUGCGAUUGAAUGAGCAGCCGCCUGCACGUCCGGAUAUCCAUCUGCUGGACUACAGCACCAGCAGCACCCUCACCAGCUGCAGCAGCAGGAGCAGCCGGCACGGCGCCAGCGAGUUAUUCCCGUCCAAGGCUGCCAUUCCAGGCUUGGAGGCAAUGCAGCUGGAAGCAGCGGAGUCGCCGAGCACACGGCUACAGCGGUCCAUGGCCAAGAUGCAGCAGCUAUUCGCAGGCGCAGGGAUAAAGCCAGCGGAGCAAAGGUUGCCCCUGCCCCUGCCACUGCCACUGCCCAGAUCCACAAUACGGCCCGUCAGUGCACCCACUGCCGGAGGGACAGCAGAACGAGCAGGACGAGCUGGAGGCGGCAGAAAUCGCCCACACACGGCACCCACAAUGCAGCAGCAGCAGCCACAGCAGCAGUUCCCCUCAUCCGAGGAUGUUCUGCUCUUGAGCUCCUCCCAUGCCAGCAGCUCGGCUGACAGCAGCUAUCGCCAGUAUCGCACCGCAGAUGUCUACGAGGGACUGGUGCUGGACAAUCUGUUCGAUGGCACGACAACGAAUCGGCUGCCGUCCAGUCCGGAGAUUCUGCACAGCCGCGAGUUCUGGAAGCGACUGAACCUGUAAGCGUAGAAACCCCCCGGGAGGUUCCAUUCCC